AAAUUAUAGUUCGAAAUUUCAACUUUUCCAUUGACAAAAAAGGUGGGGAGUAGACCAUUUUUCAAUGGGUUACAGCCCAAAGAAUUUGUUGGUGAGAUCUUUCAAGAAAAAUUGUUCUUUUUUCUCCUAAAAAACCUUUCUUUAUCCCCUCUUGUUUUCUUUAAACCCCUUUUGUCCACACUUAACAUUUCUUUUACUGUUUUGGGGCAGUUCAUUUGUUCACCAUUUCAUUAAAUUGGGUUUGCAUUUCUGGUCCUUGUGCCUUGUUUGCCUCUUUCUUCAACUGGAGGCUAUGUCGCAUGGUUACGCGAUUGAGCUCUACUUUGAUCCUGCUCUGGAAAACCAGGUCUUGAAGGCGUGGAAUGUAUUGGCUCGGCGCCAGAUCAGCACUCAACUUAUUGAGAUUGAGUCUCGACCUCACAUUACCCUCUUCUCGAGUCCCUAUUUUGAUCCAUCAAAGCUUGAGAACAUUGUAAAGAAUUUUUCAUCCAAGCAAGAAUCUUUGCCUCUGUCCUUUGGUUCAAUUGGAAGUCUCCCAAGUGAUGACAAUGUUCUGUUUCUUGCCCCAACUCCAACUUUGUCUCUCCUUCAGUUCCAUUCUCAGUUGUUUGAUGCUAUGAAAAAGGAGGGAAUUGAGAUUGCGGAGGAGCAUCGUCCUGAUACAUGGAUUCCUUAUUGCCCCGUCGCUGAAGAAGUGCCUAAAACUCGUAUGGGCGAGGCAUUCACUGUUUUGAGGGAUCUGAAAUUACCUGUUGCUGGAUAUGCUAUGGAAAUUGCACUUGUCGAGUAUCCUCCAGUCCGUGAAGUAUUUUCUUUUGUGCUUGGUAAUACAGUUGAACCAUGAGACUUCAGACAUGUAAUUCUGUUGAUUUUAGUUUAGGCUUUUACCUUCCUUUCCUAUAUUGCUGCUAUUGUAGAAACUGAUGUAGAUGGUUAAGAGUGGUAUUAUCGUUGCUAAAUGGUCAUCUGCUUUGAUGAAAUAUUAAAGUCAGUUCUGGCUCU